ACGGCGGUGCUGGGGCUCAGCAUGGCGGAGGUGGCGGCCGCUCCCGCUGCGCCCGCGAUCCGGAGCCCCCGGCGCUGAGCCGGAGCCGCGCCGAACCGGCGGCCGGACUUGCUUUUCCCUUCUGACUUCCCUCCGCCCGCCAUGGCCGAACCGGCGGCCGCGGGAGUCUCCUCGCUGCCCCGCGAGGUCCGUGAACAGCUGGCCGAGCUGGAGCUGGAGCUCUCUGAAGGGGACAUCACACAAAAGGGGUAUGAGAAGAAGAGAGCAAAGCUUCUGGCUCCCUAUGUUCCACAAACCCAAGGGGUUGAUCCAGCAUUACAGAAGGAAUCCAGAACUCAGAUGCCUGUUCCAUCUGCAACUCCAACCUCAGCAUCAUCAUCAUCAUCCUCAUCCAAAUUUCACCGAGCUCGCUCAGGGGGAGCCAGAGAUGAACGCUAUCGAUCUGAUAUCCACACAGAAGCAGUUCAGGCAGCACUGGCAAAACACAAAGAGCAGAAGAUGGCCCUGCCCAUGCCAACGAAAAGGCGGUCUACGUUUGUUCAGUCUCCAGCUGAUGCCUGCACUCCCCCAGACACGUCUUCCGCAUCCGAGGAUGAGGGGUCGCUAAGGCGCCAAGCUGCUCUUUCUGCUGCAUUGCAUCAGAGCUUACAGAAUGCUGAGUCUUGGAUCAACCGAUCUAUUCAGGGGUCAUCCACAUCUUCAUCAGCAUCUUCUACACUUUCCCAUGGAGAAGGCAAAGGGACCAGUGGGUCGCUAGCUGAUGUAUUUGCGAAUACUCGAAUAGAAAAUUUCUCAGUUCCCCCAGAUGUCACAGCAACUACCUCCUCUUCCUCAGCACGCCCAGCAGCGAUUGACCUUCCUCCUUCAGGGAUCGUGAAAGGCAUGCACAAGGGAUCUAAUCGGUCUAGUCUCAUGGAUACUGCUGAUGGUGUUCCUGUGAGUAGUAGAGUCUCCACGAAAAUUCAGCAGUUGCUUAACACCUUGAAAAGACCUAAAAGACCACCCCUGAAAGAAUUUUUUGUGGAUGAUUUUGAAGAAAUUGUGGAAGUUCCACAGCCUGACCCAAAUCAGCCCAAGCCAGAAGGACGUCAGAUGACACCUGUGAAGGGAGAACCCCUGGGAGUUGUUUGUAACUGGCCUCCUGCCUUAGAAGCAGCACUGCAGCGCUGGGGAACCACGCAAGCUAAAUGCCCCUGUCUGACAGCACUGGAUGUUACGGGAAAACCAGUUUAUACCCUCACGUAUGGCAAAUUGUGGAGCAGAAGUCUCAAGCUGGCCUACACACUGCUUAAUAAACUGGGGACCAAAAAUGAACCCGUGUUAAAACCUGGAGAUAGGGUAGCCCUCGUUUAUCCCAACAAUGAUCCAGUCAUGUUUAUGGUGGCGUUUUACGGCUGUCUCCUAGCAGAAGUCAUACCAGUGCCUAUAGAGGUACCUCUUACCAGAAAGGAUGCUGGUGGUCAGCAGAUUGGUUUUCUGCUGGGAAGCUGUGGUAUUGCUUUGGCCCUCACCACUGAAGUUUGUCUGAAAGGGCUUCCAAAAACCCAAAAUGGAGAAAUUGUGCAGUUUAAAGGUUGGCCCAGACUCAAAUGGGUUGUGACAGAUUCAAAAUAUCUUUCCAAAUCUCCCAAGGACUGGCAGCCCAACAUCUCAGCUGCAGGAACUGAGCCAGCAUAUAUUGAGUACAAGACAAGCAAAGAGGGAAGUGUUAUGGGUGUUACGGUGUCUCGAAUUGCCAUGCUGUCUCACUGUCAAGCCUUGUCUCAGGCCUGCAACUAUUCUGAAGGUGAAACGAUAGUGAAUGUUUUGGAUUUUAAGAAGGAUGCAGGGUUGUGGCAUGGCAUUCUAACGAAUGUAAUGAACAAACUGCAUACUGUCAGUGUGCCCUAUUCUGUGAUGAAAACCUGUCCGCUGUCAUGGGUGCAGAGAGUUCAUGCCCACAAAGCAAAAGUUGCUUUAGUCAAGUGUCGAGACUUGCACUGGGCCAUGAUGGCCCAUCGAGACCAAAGAGACGUCAGUUUGAGUUCUCUACGCAUGCUGAUUGUAACUGAUGGUGCAAAUCCUUGGUCUGUUUCCUCAUGUGAUGCCUUCCUGAGCUUGUUUCAGAGCCAUGGGCUUAAACCAGAGGCAAUUUGUCCAUGUGCCACAUCUCCAGAAGCAAUGACUAUUGCAAUACGGAGGCCUGGGGUCCCUGGGGCACCUUUGCCUGGAAGAGCCAUCCUGUCCAUGAACGGGCUGAGUUUUGGUGUGAUUCGUGUCAACACUGAAGACAAAAACUCUGCUCUCACUGUCCAGGAUGUUGGCCAUGUGAUGCCAGGAGGAAUGAUGUGUAUAGUGAAACCUGAUGGACCACCUCAGCUCUGUAAAACAGAUGAGAUUGGUGAGAUCUGUGUUAGCUCCAGAGCAGGAGGAAUGAUGUAUUACGGGUUGGCAGGGGUGACAAAGAAUACAUUUGAGGUUAUCCCUGUGAAUUCAGCUGGCUCUCCAGUGGGUGAUGUGCCAUUUGUCCGUUCUGGCUUGCUGGGUUUUGUUGGACCUGGCAGUUUGGUGUUUGUGGUUGGAAAAAUGGAUGGAUUGCUGACAGUUAGCGGACGUAGACAUAAUGCCGAUGACAUUGUAGCAACUGGAUUGGCAGUAGAGUCAAUAAAAACAGUUUACAGAGGAAGGAUUGCUGUGUUCUCAGUAUCUGUCUUCUAUGACGAGAGGAUUGUGGUGGUUGCAGAGCAGAGGCCAGAUGCCUCUGAAGAGGACAGUUUUCAGUGGAUGAGCCGAGUGUUGCAGGCAAUUGACAGCAUUCACCAAGUGGGUGUAUACUGCCUUGCUCUUGUGCCAGCCAAUACAUUGCCAAAAACUCCAUUGGGAGGGAUCCAUAUCUCUCAAACUAAACAGCACUUUCUGGAGGGCUCUCUGCAUCCCUGCAACAUCCUCAUGUGCCCGCACACGUGUGUGACAAACUUGCCAAAACCCAGGCAGAAACAACCAGGCGUUGGCCCUGCCUCUGUGAUGGUGGGGAACCUGGUUGCUGGGAAGCGUAUUGCUCAAGCCUCUGGAAGAGAUCUUGGUCAAAUAGAAGACAAUGAUUUAGUUAAAAAGCACCAGUUCCUGACAGAGGUAUUACAGUGGAGAGCUCAAGCAACUCCUGACCACCCACUAUUCCUUUUAUUAAAUGCCAAGGUCCCACUGGUUCCUGUAUCAUUUAAUGGUGUAUCCCUGUUGAGUAUAUUCUGGCAAGGUUCUGGUGCAAGAAGACCUGAACUGACUCCCUGGAAGGGAACCACUGUGUGCACAGCCACCUGCCUUCAGUUGCACAAAAAGGCUGAGAGAAUUGCAUCAGUUCUGUGUGACAAAGGACAUCUCAAUGCAGGAGACAAUGUGGUGCUUCUUUAUCCUCCUGGCAUUGAGCUAAUCACCGCAUUCUAUGGCUGUUUGUAUGCUGGCUGCAUCCCUGUGACCGUGAGACCACCUCAUGCUCAGAGCCUCGCUGCUACGCUGCCCACUGUGCGAAUGAUCGUGGAAGUCAGCAAAGCUGCCUGUAUUCUCACAACCCAGACCUUGAUGAGACUACUGAAAUCCAGAGAGGCAGCUGCUGCUGUAGAUGUGAAAACCUGGCCAACCAUCAUUGACACAGAUGACUUGCCCAGGAAGCGGCUGUCUCAGAUCUAUAAGCCACCUACGUCUGAAAUGUUAGCAUAUCUAGAUUUUAGUGUUUCCACAACAGGCAUGCUUACAGGAGUAAAGAUGUCCCACGCAGCAGUGAGUGGCCUUUGCAGGGCAAUCAAGCUUCAAUGUGAGCUCUACUCCUCUCGGCAGAUUGCAAUUUGUCUUGACCCCUAUUGUGGACUAGGUUUUGUGCUCUGGUGCCUUUGCAGUGUGUAUUCUGGACACCAGUCAAUAUUAAUUCCUCCUAUGGAGCUGGAAUCCAAUCUUUUUCUCUGGUUAUCUACUGUCAGCCAGUAUAAAAUAAGGGACACUUUCUGUUCCUAUUCAGUCAUGGAACUGUGCACAAAGGGACUUGGAAACCAAGUCGAAAUGUUAAAGGCACGAGGAAUUAACCUGUCCUGUGUCCGGACUUGUGUGGUAGUUGCAGAGGAACGGCCACGAGUUUCUCUCACUCAUUCCUUCUCCAAGCUCUUCAAAGACAUUGGCCUGUCGCCUCGUGCUGUAAGCACCACGUUUGGAUCGAGAGUCAACGUUGCUAUCUGUUUACAGGGAACAUCUGGGCCUGAUCCCACCACGGUGUAUGUAGAUCUGAAAUCCUUGAGACAUGACAGAGUACGUCUAGUGGAAAGGGGAGCUCCACAAAGCCUGCUACUUUCAGAAUCUGGGAAGAUUUUACCUGGAGUCAAAGUAGUCAUUGUUAAUCCUGAGACAAAAGGGCCUCUUGGAGAUUCUCAUCUUGGGGAGAUUUGGGUUAAUAGUCCACACACGGCCAGCGGCUACUAUACUAUCUAUGACAAUGAAACCCUUCAAGCUGAUCAUUUCAACACUCGUCUGAGCUUUGGUGAUGCUGCUCAGACACUUUGGGCUCGGACUGGAUACCUUGGUUUUGUUCGUCGGACAGAGCUCACAGCUGCCAGCGGAGAGCGCCAUGAUGCACUGUAUGUUGUUGGAGCACUGGAUGAAACUUUGGAACUGAGGGGACUGCGUUACCAUCCAAUUGAUAUUGAGACUUCUGUAUCUCGAACACACAGAAGCAUUGCUGAAUGUGCUGUAUUCACAUGGACCAACUUGCUCGUGGUUGUUGUGGAGCUGUGUGGCUGUGAACAGGAAGCCCUGGAUUUAGUUCCUCUAGUUACAAACGUGGUCCUGGAAGAACAUUAUCUAAUUGUGGGAGUGGUGGUGGUAGUGGAUCCUGGAGUUAUUCCUAUCAAUUCCAGAGGAGAGAAACAACGAAUGCAUCUCCGUGACAGUUUUCUAGCUGAUCAGUUAGACCCCAUAUAUGUAGCCUAUAACAUGUAACGUGUAUGGGGGAAGUGAUGUUCAGAAACUUUGCGGGACCACUAAAUGACAAAGGGUGGCGAUAGAAAUGAAGCUGGUGAAAAUUACUAAUACUUGAUAUAAAGUUUGAGAUUGCUGCCAUAUUCCCUUCAUCUCACCCUGGGGUAUUAAGAUCACGUUAACUACCAACGGACAAAAGGAAAUGUGGUAGACAAUGGAAAACAUUUGUAACAGUUUACUGAAAUAUUAGCUUUAUAGAAAAUGCAAAGUUGACAAGUGUGUGAGCCUCAAAAUUCCUAAGGCCUUUACAGUAGUGUUACUUUUUUCACCUGUUGUACAUAUUUGUAUUUUUAUCUAAUACUGUUUUAGGAUUCUAUAAGGGGAGGGUUUAUUUAGUUAAGAUAAUAAACUAUUAAGAAAAGGGUCAUCAGAGUUCUGCAGUUCCCUACUAUAUAAUGUACUUUGCAUCUGUACUGUAGCUAUUCAUUCCAUGGGAUCACACAACUUAUUUAAAAUUGUGCCAUGACCAAAUCAAUAACUUACGGAAUCUAAGAGUUACUUAUUCAUAUAGAUAUUUCUUGAAUUUAAAAAGAAUUUUGCCUAUAUUUUAAAUAUGUAAAUAUUAUUAUACAUAAUUCACUUAGAUAGAAAAUUAACUUGGAUAAUGAUGACAGCUGAAGGUAGAAAUGUUUAAGGACAAGUAACUUUUGUGGUCCUUAGCAUAAUUACAUUUGGUUAGACAACUGAUGUGAGAUACACACAUCUUUCACAAGUUUUCUUAUUUCAGUAUGUAGUCUUUUAUUGCUGGCCAGAAGUGUGUCAUAGCAUGUAGAAACCUAUGAUUUUAGGGCACAUCUUUCUCAAAGAGGCUGAAUUUGAGCAGUAGCAUGGAAUUUGGUAGAAAUCGCAGUGCAAGUCCAAAAUGCGUAACUGAAAUGAUGCACCUGAGUGACAGCCUCUGCUUCCACCCUCUAUGACACCUUGUGUUUAAAGGGAAAAAAAAUUCCUUUAGAUUGACACACAGUUAAAUUCACUGCUUGUGCAAUUCAGUCAUCAUUCUAUUCAGUUCCCUCUUGGUAGAGCAAGAAAUAUUGUAAAUAGGCUUUAAUGUAAACUGGGAGGCAACAACUCAAGUUUUCCUCAAAGCAUUGACUAGAAAGAAUUAGAUAAUUCUGGAUUUUAAGCUGAAUGCCAUUUUUCUUUUACAGGAGGAGGCACAAAAAUGAGACUGAGCAAUUCUGGUAAACACAACGUUAAAUAACUUUGUGAAAAUUAAUAUCCCAGCCUUCAAAAUACUGUGUCAGUUUUCACCUUAGUAAAUGUAAAGAAACAGAAGCCUUAGAGUAGUGGGUAUAAGCUCUUACUGUUAGGAAGCAAUUGCACACCGGACUGAGGGAGAGACGGUGUUUAAGCUUUGACCCAAAAUUACCUUUCUUUCCUCUAAUACUUAAUCUUUUAAGAACAAUUACAUUCCUGUGGAUGUUAAGAAAACAUGAUUUUGGAAGCAAUGAAAACUGAUACCAGAUACUGCAACAGGGUUUUUUUGAGUCAAAUGUGGUAUGCAGCGUAAAGAAACUUGUUAUUAAAGUGUUCCAGAUUACCUCAUUCAACAGUUUUUAAAAGGUUUAUAGUAUGAACUCUGAAGAUCCUGUGGCAGUAAUCAGAGCAGAACCCAGUGUAUCUGUAAGCAAACCCCAGUUUUGUCCUUGAGAAACUCCUGAUGUAUUCUGUUAGUUCUUCGCUGAAGACAGGAGUAUUAAAAUUUAGAUAUGAAGUUCUGAGUGAUAUUUUUGAAAAACAUUUGGUGGGGGAAUAGAAUUAGAAACUGGAAGUUAUUAUGGCAAGUCUAGACUUAAGAGUUCUUUGCAAACGUUUCAGUUUACAGAUCCACACUUUUGAACAAUUUCUUUUUUUGUAUCUACCACAGUAGUAAGACAACACCACAGAUGAAAUUUUCAUGGUAUUGUGCUGCUGCCUGGGUGUGAAAGGUUGCUCUGUUAGCAGUAGGGAUACUCUCUGGUUUCUUAAGAUGUGUGUCCUAAAAUCCCUGUGCAUGAAGUCUUUAAUAUAUUUAGUUUUAACAAAUUGGCCACAAAGUGAGGAAAGUGACAGGCGUAACUGUGACUAAUACAGUUGGUACUGCAACUUAUUUAAGGUGUAAAGUGCACAAAAGUUGUUCUCCCUCUUCAGCCAGCAAAGUCUUCUUAUUACGUGUUAUGCAUCACUUUAUUUUUUAUGUUUUCUCGCACAGCAAAGUGACUUGCAGUACAGCUUCACUUUAUUGCCCAUUUCAGAAAAAAUUCUGAUGGUCUCAGCCUUUUUCUUACUCAAAUUAAAGCUUUAGUUAAAUUGUUUCCAAAUACUUUAUUUGUCCAUUGAAGUGGAUUUUAAGUACAGUUCUAGGAUUGUCUUUUAUUUUUACUUGUGAUUUUUCAGAAAUAAAAAAUUCAUGCAUUAAUUUGAUCAAAGAUUCCCAGUAUGUGACAGAUUGACUUUCUGAAAUGGCAUUUUUUGAACGGCAUACUGAAUUAUUUUAAUUUUUUUUUCCUUGGUUUUUAUUUGGCUAGGUAUUGAUAGUUUCUUACGGUUUGGGGUUUUAUCUUGAAAGUUUACUGUGUACUCUUAUCUUUAUUCUGGCAUGUUACGUUUCUCUGUGUUGGAGAACUGUAAGUUUACAGUCCUGCCCAUAGAAUGAGAUAACAUUCCAUUCUUGAUCGCCAGUAAGUGACAUAUAGCAGCUGGCCAGUUUUGACUUUAUUGAAUGCUUUUGUCCAUGUUUGGCACAGUGAAAAGCAAUGUACUGGAGAGGAGGAAGUAUGGAGCUGUGAAUCUGGAAACCCUGAUUUCUAACUCCAGCUCUGCUAAUGACUUGCCACGAGGCCUUCCACAGGUCAUUUCACUCCUUCAGUUUCUUCCUCUGUAGAUGAGGAUAUUAUCUAAUCCUUACAACAUCCCUGUGAGGUAACUAACUGUACAGCACUAAGUGCUAAGUAUUUUUCAUUGCUAGCCUCUUUGAGGUUGGGGUCACUGAUAAAUGAUUAUUUGGGUGUCGUGGGAAGGCUGUCAAAAGAUGUGACCGUUUUGCUUUACAACGGUUGCUUGGUAUCUUUCCAUACAAGAACAAACCGAGAUACUUAACUUCAGAAAAUUGGCAGGGCUACUCAUGUUGCGUGCUCAGGUUCAGAGUCGGAUGCUUUUCCGUAACUGCUGAAUCAAGCAUUGAGUCCCAAGAAGCAGACUCUCCAUGCCAGUUUAACUUUGCAGCGUACCCAGUUGCAGAAGGCAAAUUAUUUCCUACUGUUGUCCAUCAGAUUCUAAGCUAACAGCUGCAGUGGAACUUAAAAAACUAGGAAUUCUUAACACUUUGAACUAAAAUAUUUUGUAUGUCUUACUGUCAAUGAAUAUUCCCUAAGCAAAAUAUGUGGGUACAAGUAAUUUCAAGUCCUGUUUUGUUAAAAUUUGCACUGCAUUUCUGAUUUAAAUACAUGUAAUUAAGAUGUGUCAUACUAACUGUCCUAAAAAUAAGGUUGUAAAAACAAGAUAAAUUUUAGCCCUAGAUGCAAUUUUUCUUUAAUUUCUGUCAACCUAUUUACCAUUGUCAAAUUCAGCAUUAUGUAAUUAUGUAUAAAGUUUUUAUUUAUUUAAAAUUAGAUUAGAUAUUCAUUUUUAAAUUUAACAUCUGGCUGGACAGUGUUCCAUUAACGCAUUGAUUGUGUUUCCUUUGUCUUGUGUUAAUAAAUAUUGAUGCCUGA